GGAAGGGAGAGGGAGCGAGUGAGCGAGGGGGAAAAAUGUAGGAAAGAGAUUGAAUUUGAGCUGGUGAAGGAGAAAAAGGAGAAUGCAGACAAGGCUAGAUAGAAUCAUUAGGAAGCAACAGUGAGGAAGCAGAGAGAAAGUGUGGAAAUUGAGUGAUUUUGUCUAAAUGUGCUUGUAAUGUGCGACUGGCAUUGCUUAAAUCGCAGCGUGGAGUGUGUUUGCGUGAGAGGGUCUGAUUGUGCUACUGCCUGGAAAACGUGCUUGGUGGAUUAUGAGAGAUCAAGAACAGAACGAUUGUGUGUGUGUCUGUCAGAGACUCUGUUUAUUGGUUAACAAAAGGGCUAGGUGCAGCUUGUUCGUGUGUGUGCAUGUUUAGAUGGUAAAAUCAUGCUGCUGGAGAGUUACUUGAAGAAAGGGAAAAGAUAGUGCAGAGAGUUGAAGCACUUGAGGAUGCCAGAGCAUUCAGGGACAAGCACAGCUCUCAGAUAUUGCACUCUCAAUGUAACUGCCGUCUGGGUACUUCAGACCCAACGAGUGAAGGCAAACCAAUAUACAGUGUCUGUUGAAGGCAGACAAGGCGAAACCAUGCGAGCACGUAUCUUCUUGAGGUUUCAUCUGAACUAUUUGUAGGACCAAAGCAUCUCUGUUGCUGCUGUCUACCUAAAAGUGUAAAGCUACAAAGACUGUUGAGUUUCUUUGGAGGUCAACAUGUCUACGUGAAGGAUUGCUGAAGGUCCAUUAUAGUGUCCGGUGAUACCUUGAUGUUUUCAGAACUCAGCCAUGGGAGAGUGGACCAUUUUAGAGCGCCUCCUGGAGGCCGCUGUGCAGCAGCACUCUACAAUGAUUGGAAGGAUUUUACUGACGGUUGUGGUGAUAUUCCGUAUCCUGAUUGUGGCCAUCGUAGGUGAAACAGUGUAUGAGGACGAGCAGACCAUGUUUAUCUGCAACACCCUCCAACCUGGGUGCAACCAGGCCUGCUACGACAAGGCCUUCCCCAUCUCUCACAUCCGAUACUGGGUCUUCCAGAUCAUCCUCGUUUGCACACCCAGUCUGUGCUUCAUCACCUACUCAGUACACCAGUCGGCCAAACAGCGUGACCGUCGCUACUCCUUCCUCUACCCAAUGAUAGAGAAGGACUACAGUCAUGAGGGAACCCGAAAAAUACGCAACAUUAAUGGAAUUUUGGUGCAGCAUUCUGACAGUGGUGGCGGAAAGGAUGAACCUGACUGCUUAGAGGUAAAGGAGAUCCCAAAUGCUCCGAGAGGCCUCCUGCAUGGCAAGAGCUCCAAGGUACGACGACAAGAGGGCAUCUCUCGCUUUUACAUAAUCCAGGUCGUAUUCCGCAAUGCACUGGAGAUAGGCUUCUUGGCGGGGCAGUAUUUUCUAUAUGGCUUUAGUGUCCCUGGCAUCUUUGAGUGUGACCGCUACCCCUGCCUGAAGGAGGUGGAAUGCUAUGUGUCACGGCCCACUGAAAAGACGGUCUUCCUAGUCUUCAUGUUUGCAGUGAGUGGUAUCUGUGUCGUGUUCAACCUUGCCGAGCUCAACCACCUCGGCUGGAGGAAAAUCAAGGCUGCCAUUCGAGGUGUGCAAGCCCGCAGGAAGUCCAUCUGUGAGAUCCGCAAAAAGGACAUGGCCCACCUGUCACAACUGCCAAACCUGGGCAGGACCCAGUCCAGUGAGUCUGCUUAUGUCUGAUCUCCAUUCACCUAAAUAUGGCAUCACAAUGAGUGGAGGUGAGACUGGCGGUUAUGGUACUUGUGCAAAUAUUUAUAAUGUCAAAGGGUGAGGGGCUUCACUUAGCCACACCUCUUUCCCACAAGCCACUCCCUGCCUCUUUAUGGAAGUUUGCACAAUGAUAGGCUUCUAGAAGAUAAGGAAUAGAAGAGGAAUUUUUGGAAAGUCUCGAACACAAGGAUCAUUGGAAGGGUACGAGCGUAAGGAAUGAUUUGAUGAGGUGAUGUACUUCUAAUAUAGAAUAUUAUGGAAAUAAAAGUAUCUGGGUCUUUUUUUCCCACUUUUCUCACUCUGACAUCUUGAGAAAAGACUAGGAAGGAUAGCAGGAGAGCGUAGCAUGACAAUAACCUCCCACUUUCCUCAACCAUUGUCACUGAGAUGGUUCCAAAAAAAAGAAAGCUUUAUAGGUUCGCUCUCCUGGCAGUGAAUUGGUCUAAAACAAACCACAGGUGGGAUAUAAACAUUGUUAGAAGCAGUGGCACCUUCACUUUGACAUUUGAUUGAACAAACAUUAGAAUCUUUUUUGUACUCUCUCUCGUUGUCUUACAAGACUAGGGGAUGAUUAUUACCUCUGCGCAAAGUGUGCCCUUCCAUGAAAACACCCACUGUUAUGUGUUCCAGUCAAGUAUUCAUCGCUCUUAUGGUGCAUGGAUGUGUUUAUAUGUAUGUAUGUGACCAAAGUUGAAAGAAUUUACAGAUUGCAGAUUCUUUUUUGUUCGUUUUAAGAUUUUACUUUUGUUCUCUGCAAAAGUUGGUGCCAUCAACUUAAAUGAUUUCAGAAUAUUAUUUAAAACAUAGUUAAAAGAUUAUUCCAAUGUUAUAUUAUAUAUAUAUUUAUUGGGAAAGGGAGUAAACCCUGCUGAAAAUAAUUCCCAUGCUGGUCCAAGGUUUAUGCUGAUUAUUGCUGGUUUAACUGGUGAAGAAGAAUAGCCAUGCGCACCAGCAAAAAAAAAAAAAAAAAAAAAAAAAAAAAACACUCAAACAUAGGGAACCAGCAUGUUUUUUUCUGGUGAAUGUGAUUAACAAAGAUGAUGUUGUUGUUAUGAUAGAUGCUUGAUGGGGACGUAAAAAAGAUUGAAGAAAUGUUUUCAUGCAUCCAUGUUUCUAUCAGUUGAAUCAAUUAUCCAAAACUUUGCAUAAAGGUAUCUUUCGAAGGCAUGUUUACAAAGCUUUUUCUGUAAAAUGACUUUUUUAGAUGAAAAUUUAUUUCCAGUGCGUUAUUUGGAAAAAGGAUAGAUUUAUAGGGUUUUUACUAGCUUUUUCUUCUCAUCAUGUGUUUUUAUCAGCAUGCCUUUACUAUUAAGAACAUAAUAAUCUUAGAAAAAUAUAUGUAUGCAUUGCACUUUGUGGGUUGGGAGGAGUGGAUAAAAGGAGAAACUCACUCUGGGAAGGACAUUAGUGGAGGGAAAGUGAGCAUUUUGAAUUGGUCCAGAUCAAUGAUAAGUACUUACACAGCAUGUAUGUAGCCGUGAUCCCCUGUGUGCCUUUGUUUACACAAUGUGGGUUAAAAGCAGGGUGUCGUCUCUUACGAACACACACACACAGACAAAAAAAAAAAAAACACAAACCAAAAAAAACAAAAAAACAUUUGAGUUGUCAUUCAGCCAAUUUUAUCCCUAGUUUAAACUCACUAAAGUAAGUACUGGUGCCUACACCAGCCUGACUCCACUCUGCACAUGCACUAAAAACAACCCAGUGUAGACAGAACACAGUGCAACUAACACAGACCAGCUCGAUGACAUACCACAGAGACAGAAACACUGUCAGAGAAGAUACAGAGAGAAAGAGAGGAAACUGCAGAGGCCCAUUAAUACCAACACAAGUGUCCUGACUUAGGCAUUUCUUGCAGAAAAAAAGUAUUUCACAGGAAAGUUUGUCUUUAUGUUUAGUUUGAUAUGAAGUGCAGUUUAGAAACAAUUCUGAUUCAGGCCAGAAGUCAGUGUGAGGAUGGAGAUUGUCGUUUACAUCUAAAUUGAAUCAGAGGUAUAAAAUUGGCCUCAUUUGUGAGGCGUCCAAUGCAUGUCAUAUUUGUUUUACUGCAAAAGUAAACAGCUUGUAAAUGAUCCGUAAAAACUUCUGGACUUUCCUGUACUUGAUCCAAAAUGAGAACAAGGAUUUCUAUGAUUACAUUUAGACCCAGUGUACAACAUUAACACUCAUCAAGCAGCAAAUGUGAUUGACAAGUACAUAAAAAAAAGCUACUUGCCAGUUUUUAAGGAACUGCAACACGACUGCAAUAACUUACCUUGAACUAAGUGAUGCAAUUUAAAGACAUACAAACUACUACUGCUAUUUUUUAUUUAAAUGCAAAUACAGUUUCAUGGCUGGUACAUAUACUAAGUUCCACCUGCCAUUGGCCAGCAUGGUGAAAAGUUCAUUUUGGACCCUAUGUACACACUUUAAACAUCAUUUGAUUAAACAUCUUUUUUUUUAGUGCAGAACUAAUUGAAUGGGGUUUGAUUAAAACAAGACAAAAUGCCAAUGCAAUAUAAAAAAUAGACAUUGGUUCUCCAAUUUGGUUAUGAGGAAAAUUAAAAUUAAGUUAUAAGAGGUUUCAGAUAUCAAAAAUCCUAUUUAAGAUUUUUUUUUUUUUUUUUUUUUUUUACAGUCUUACCUGACAUCAAAAUUGUAUUGUAUACUCUGAAGAUUUAAAUAUCAGGGCCUGUUAUCAAGUAAAUUAUAAGGAACUAUAGCCAUUAUUUUGUGGGGUAAAAAGGAAAUGCAGCCCUGUUCUCGGGACCAAGUAUAUUCUACAUCUGUCUCUUUUCUUACAUCGUUCCUCUCCUGUGUAAGAUAAUUACGGUUCUUUUAUUCUGGAGUAAAAUAGUAGCUCUGCCAAAAUCAUAACCUCUGUAACAAUGCUGCAUUGAAGGGCAUCUUUUACAAGAAUGAUAUUGUCAAGUGCAGUUCAGAGAUUUUGAAGAUUGCUUCCCCAAGUGAGAACUUCUUCAGAGUGCUUGUAUUAAUCCACUCUUCUCCUCAGUCUAUUUUUAUAAAACCUAUAUCAGAGUUUGAAUACUAGACAAAAAAGAACAAUGUCAGAAUUUUUAUCUUCUUAUUAUUUAUUCUAUCUUGUGAGUUAUGUUUAUGUGUGCUACUCUUUUUUUUUACAGUGCUGUAAUGUUAGGGAUAGCGCAGGGGGAAUUGAAUUAAAGACCAGAAUUAGGAUUUGAAGUAAAAAUGUGGCUUUACUUGCCAAAAUUUUGUUAUAUGCAACUUCAUAACUAAUUGGGUUUCGGUAAAUGGGUUGAUCAAAUACUGUAAAGCAUGUGUAACUGGUAUAAAAAGCAUGUUUUUGUUAUUUUAAUUCACUCUAUUUUAUGAGACAGAAAAUCAGGUACAAGUAAAUGGCAUGAUUAGAUUAGAAAACGGUGUAAAAUUGUAAAAAUGACAUCCAUUCAUUGGCCAAAACUAAAUUAAAAGACUAAAGCAGGUAUUAUUAUGCAGACUAUCUUGCUACAACCAUAAGCAAGACUUGAUUUUAAGCACAAACUUUUGACAUGAGGAAAGCAUAUUUAUUAUUACACACAUCCUGUAGUCCUUGCCAGACAAUUUUGUAGAAAAUUUCACCUACAAUUUUUUUUAAAGAUAUAAUUGAUGUGUAAGCAACCUGCAUGUCGCAGUUGACAGAUUUUAUUAUUAUUUUUUUUUAAUGACCUCAGUGUUUCUACAAUUAUUAUUCAGUGCACAGUAUCUUUGCGAAAGCUAGUAGAAACUAUAGCCAUGUUUUAUAGAAUUGUAAAACAAAAACUACUGAUAAAUCGUACAUUAUCUGAUAACAGUGGAUCUUUUACAGACAUCAUUUCAGGAUAGUGAAAAAAAUCUGAAUAUAGCUCAAACAUCAGUCUAAUAUGUCUUUCUUGGCAGUGGCAAUUUUUUUUUUAAACACAUAUGCAUAUUAAGUAAUGAAAAGAACAGAGUCAAGUUCAUUCCCUGUUAGCUCAGGGAAAAUAAUCAUUCUAAUCUCACAUUAAUCCAUUCUGAAUGAUCAUCACAUGUCCCAGAAUGCUCUCUGAGUGUCUGCCAGAAAUCAGUCACAAGAGCCCCUGUCCCAGCCACACUUUUCAAUUGCCAAAUCAGGUUUUCCUCUAAAGCUCUGGCUCAUGAUCAAUCCCUCAUUUCAGUAAGGACAGUUAAAUGAGAGGAUUCUGUUUUAAUCCGUUGUCCUUUGCUUAAUAAGCACUGCUGUAUUUCCAAACUGCCCAGAAGAAGCCAACCUUAAGGCUCACUUUUCCUUUCUCUUUAUUAAACAGAAUUAUAAAACUGGAACUGGAACUUUAACCAAUUACAACUCCACGUGUGCUGCCAGGGGUGUUUGACACCCGCCGCACAAGCCAUACUAAUCUCAGGAUUCAGGAAUAAGAAGAGCCUAAUCACUCCCAGCUACUUACACGACCAUAUAAACACUGGAUUAGCACUUGACAAAGGCAAAAGGGCAGACGAGUCAUUCAUCCCUCUUACCUGCACCAUCACAGAACAAAUCACACCAACGCAUGCCGCUGUAAUUCAGGAUCUGUGCACCAAGGUACCAAUCCUAAAAGCCAAUGUUUAUACAGAGAGUACCCAGGGAAACAUAGUUACAGAAGAACUGCAGAAACUUUACAGUAAAUCACAAUUAGCCAUAUGAAACAUAUUAAAGUGAGUUUUAUGUAUAUAUAUAAUUGACUCUUUGUUAAACUCCAUACCCUUGGUUCUGUUGCUCAUUUAGAAAAACAUUACGAAUUGUCAACAGAUCUUAAAUUAUUACAAGAAUCUGAAAAGCACAUUUAGGAGGUGUUUGACUUGCAUUAAUACAUCCAGGUCACAUGCUAUGCCAUACGGUAAAGGGUAACGAUGCUACCUGAAUGUUGCAGCCAUGUCCUUCAGAGAUUAUAUAUAUUUAUGAGGGCAACCCUUUAAUCCACCAUUAAAUCAACUGUCUGAUUACUUUAUCUAAUUAAAAUGGGCUAGAUUGUAUGCACAGAAUAUGAUAUAUAUCUCCUUAUAAUCUUCUUUUAUAUCAGAUUUUCUUUUUUCAUUUUUAUUUUGUCUUAUUUUUGUGGGGAUAUGAUGGUCAUUGCAGAGUUCAACUUUCAACUUUCAACUUCUCAAUGUGAAAAAUGCGAUGUUUAUGAAAUAUCAAACAGGUGCUGCUAAAAUGCAAAAGUAAUAGCUAUACAGAUUUUACUGACAGCUGUACAUCAAUUGUUAAGUCCACAAAUGCCACUGUAUCUCUUAGCCCUGUUCUGAUGUCUUUCAUAGUCUUUAAAAAAAAUUAUCCAAAUGAAUGAUUCGUACUUUUUAAUUUCUUUAAAGAAAUCUGUUGUUUGGGACACAGACUUCUAUUUUGUAACUGACCUCAUUUAAAGGUUUUCUUUUGUACUUUGUGGUUGUUGGAUUGUGUACAAUGACUUAAUUAAACACCUUGAAUGAACUCAA